AUUUUCUUUCAGGAAGGUAGACGUCGAACGUGAGCGGUAUUGACCGGCAAAUGGCAUUUGAGAAGAGCAAGAUACUGAUAUUUGGAGCGACGGGAUACCUGGGAACGUACCUGGUAAAGGCGAGCAUUUCCAUGGGCCAUGACACCUACGCCUACACUCGCCCUCUCAAACCAAACGACAACAACUCUUCCAAGCUCCAACUUCUCAAGGAAUUUGAGUCCAUGGGAGUCACCUUUUUCCAGGAAAAUAUUUUCUUUGAUUUCCCUAUUAUAUAUAAUGGUGAGCUGGAUGACCAUGAAAAACUAGUUUCUGUGCUCCGACAAGUAGAGGUCGUCAUCUCUGCACUUCCAAUCCCUCAAUACGUAAAGCAACUCAAUAUUAUACAAGCCAUGAAAGAUGCUGGCACCAUCAAGAGAUUUGUUCCUUCUGAGUAUGGAAACGAAGCAGACAGAGUGACAGCUCUUCCACCUUUCGAGGCACUGCUCUCCAUCAAAAGAAAGAUCCGAAGAGCCACGGAGGCGGCUGGACUCUCUUACACUUUCAUCUCCGCCAACGCAUUUGCAGUGUACUUUGUUAACUAUUUGCUCCAUCCAGAGAAGAAAGACCACCAAGUCAUCAUAUACGGAAGUGGAGAAACGAAAGCCGUACUAAAUUAUGAGGAAGAUAUAGCAACUUAUAUAGUCAUGGCAGCUACAGAUCCAAGAGCAGCCAACCGCCUUGUUAUCAUAAGGCCACCCGACAAUGUUCUAUCUCAACUGGAUUUGAUUUCUUCUUGGGAGAAAAAAACUGGGAGAAACAUCAAAAGAGUUCAUGUUAGUGAGGAGGAAAUCAUAAAGCAGACUGAGACCUUGCCUAGUCCGGAGAACGUGCCGCCCGCGAUCCUGCACAGCAUAUUUGUGAAAGGCGAUCAGACGAACUUUGAGCUAACUGAGGAAGAUUUGGAGGCGUCGAAGUUAUACCCUGAGUAUAAGUAUACUUCAAUUGAUAGGCUUCUUGAUGUGCUUUUGGUUAAGCCUCCUAGUAAGCCUAAGCUUGUAUCCUUCGGAGCUUAGAAAACUAUAAUGUUAUUUCACCGGUGAAAUGGUUACAAUAAAGACCGUGGUGUUGUUGGAAUAGCAUGUACCAAAUAGUAGCAAGAAUCACAAUCCAGUAAUAAAAUUAUAUAUCUUGUGCACUAAUUAACGGUGUCAUUUGGG